GCCUUCUCUCCUACUUUUCCGCGCCCUGAUUGGCUGUUGAGCCGGAAUUCUCUCUCUCUCUGGUUGUGGUUCUGGCUCGCACUGUACUCGGCACGAUGGCGACUGAUUCCUGGGCCCUGGCGGUGGAUGAGCAGGAGGCGGCGGCUGAGACGCUCGGCAAGUUAAACCUGAAAGAUGAAAAAGCGGUGAAGCUAAAGCCAGAGAGCAAUGGCACAGACAGUGUGGAGAAUGCAGAGCAGACUGGCCGCAAAGAUGGAGACAAGUCAGAAGAUGAUGAUGAUAAAGAGGACACAGCUGCUCAGUCGUUGCUCAACAAACUUAUUCGGAAUAAUCUGGUCAGCAACACCAACCAAGUGGAGGUUCUGCAACGGGAUCCGAAUUCUCCCCUGUACUCUGUCAAGUCGUUUGAGGAGCUGAGACUGAAGCCAGAACUCCUUCAAGGUGUCUAUGCCAUGGGAUUCAACAGGCCCUCCAAGAUCCAAGAGAAUGCUUUGCCGAUGAUGCUGGCUGAGCCGCCUCAGAACCUCAUUGCCCAGUCUCAGUCGGGUACAGGUAAAACCGCUGCCUUUGUUCUGGCCAUGCUGAGUCGAGUGGAUCCUGCAAAUAAAUAUCCACAGUGCUUGUGCCUCUCUCCAACCUACGAGCUGGCUCUACAGACCGGGAAGGUCAUUGAACAAAUGGGGCAGUUUUCGAACAUCAAAUUGGCCUACGCUGUACGAGGAAAGAAGUUGGAACGUGGGCAGAAGAUUCCAGAGCAUAUUGUUAUUGGCACGCCGGGAACUGUGCUUGACUGGUGCUCCAAACUGAGGUUUAUUGAUCCCAAGAAGAUUAAGGUGUUUGUGCUUGAUGAAGCGGACGUGAUGAUCGCCACUCAGGGACACCAGGAUCAGAGUAUCCGCAUCCAGAAGAUGCUGCCCCAGGACUGCCAGAUGCUGCUUUUCUCCGCCACAUUCGAAGAAUCCGUGUGGAGGUUUGCACAGAAAGUGGUGCCGGAACCCAACAUCAUCAAACUGAAAAGGGAGGAGGAGACCCUGGACACCAUCAAGCAGUACUACGUCGUGUGUAAGAAACGCGAAGAUAAAUUCCGAGCUUUGUGCAACAUCUACGGCUCCAUAACCAUCGCGCAGGCCAUGAUCUUCUGCCAUACCCGCAAGACUGCGUCCUGGUUGGCCGGUGAGCUGUACAAAGAAGGCCACCAGGUGGCCCUACUGAGCGGAGAGAUGAUGGUGGAGCAGAGGGCAGCCGUCAUUGAUCGAUUCCGAGAUGGCAAGGAGAAAGUGUUGGUUACAACCAAUGUGUGCGCCAGAGGUAUCGACGUGGAACAAGUGUCCGUGGUUAUUAACUUCGACCUUCCCGUGGACAAGGAUGGGAACCCGGAUAACGAGACCUACCUUCAUAGAAUCGGCCGCACGGGGCGUUUCGGCAAGCGAGGACUGGCCAUCAAUAUGGUUGACGGUGAACACAGCAUGAGAAUUCUGCAAAGUAUCCAGCAGCACUUCAGUAAAAAGAUCGAACACCUCGACGCGGAUGACAUUGAUGAAAUUGAAAAAAUCAGCAAGUGAAAUGUAUCGGCGUCUCUUUCCCUGAUCUGCAUCUCUGGUGUCGUCUUUCCAGAGGACUCUGGUCCUGUUCAGCCCAACGCCAUCCCCACAACUCACAUGAAUCUCCUUUGUUUUUUUUAUGGAAGCUUUUUUUUUUUUUUUUUUUUUAAAGGGGGAUCUUUUUAAAUCUUCAAACUGCUGCCUCUGAAAAUCGGCUAAGCCAGAGUGUGGAGUUACAACUUUGCCCACAAACAAACUAUUCACCCAGAGUUCUGCUGCAUUGAACCCGCACCCCAUUACUAAACUGGACCAGGAAUGGCACCUGGAUUGUCCCACUGCCCCAGAUCUGUGUAUCAGGCACUGGGUUGAGCAAGUAUCUGAUUGGACAGACGGCAGACAACGUAUCGUGACUGCAUCAAAUGUGUUUUUUUUGGGGGGGGUAGGGAUAUACUAAACAUUUUAUCAGCGCUUCUCUUGCAGGAUUAAUUCUUUUUUUCCCUAUUUUAAUUUGUCUCCUUGAACUUUCAUUUCUUUUAAGAAUUCUGCUUCUAGUACAAUCUGCAGAAGGUAUUUUUUUUUUCUUUUUUAAAUGUUAUGUGCUUGGCUGGCUCCCCGGCUGGAGACUUCAUGGACAGUGGCGUUGUAACGAGUGUGGCUUCUAACGAGUGUGGCUUCUCCUAUUGGGGACACGGGGUGUAAUGCAAAGUGUGUGUUGCAAAUGGCUCCCAGGCAACUGCCGGCUGUUCAUUGACAACAGUGAAUGAAGGGGAUGCCUCGUGAGGUGCAGUCCUGUGCUGUUUUAUUGUACCUCCCACCAACAUUGCUUCUUGCUGACUCUGCAUUUUAACACUUGGUUUUCAAUACGUUGCUUUGAAACGGAAGCACCAUUUUACAGAGUAAAUAAAGAAAAUAAAAAUGUUGAUUGUUUUUUCAGAUUUGCCUAAGAUUUUUGGAAAUGUGGACUACUUUACUUUAAAACAGCCAGGAAAUCUGCACUGGAAGUGAGGCUCCUUUUUAUAGGGUGUCCUGCUGCUCCUGUUCUGUAUCUGCUUGUUUCAAUAAAGCAUCUGCGCCAUA